AUCUUCUGGCCGUGAGAUUCCCAAUUUUACUCUUCCCAUUGCCAAAUCAACGGUACCCUCAAUCGCUCUCUCUCUUCCCCUUCCUCUCUCACUUCAGAGACAUGGGAAAGAGAGGAACAACACAGGGGGUAGAGAGACGAAGAAAAGAACCUCAUCUUUCCGGUAAAAAAGGCUUCUUUCGAUUCCAUUGAUCUACCCCUUUACCUCUUCUUUGCCUUCUUUACGAUUUCCAGGACGGAAUUUGCACCAUCUUGUGAAAUUUUCAAGUGGGGUAACCCUUAAUUUCGUUUCUGAGAUCUUGAUCGAUUCUUUGCUUUGGAUUAGUGGGGUUGUCUUAAUUUCUGCAGAUUUUGUGUUAUUGUUAAUGGAUUUGGAUAGUAUUGAGUGUGUAUCAUCUUCAGAUGGUCUCGAUGAAGAUGAGAUCCAUCUGCAUCACACUCUUCAUCCUUAUUCCCAUUCUCAUCAUCAUCCAGAGUUGUCAGCGACGAAGCCUCGUAAUGGAAACAACAAUAGCGGUAUAACAGUUCCCACUGCGACUGCACCCGCCACUAGCGUCCAUGAAUUGCUUGAGUGCCCUGUUUGUACCAAUUCGAUGUACCCUCCCAUCCAUCAGUGCCACAAUGGACAUACCUUAUGUUCUACAUGUAAAACACGGGUUCAUAAUCGUUGCCCUACUUGUAGACAAGAGCUUGGAGAUAUUAGGUGCUUAGCACUGGAGAAGGUGGCAGAGUCACUUGAAUUGCCUUGCAAGUAUUAUUCAUUGGGGUGCACUGAGAUAUUCCCGUACUACAGUAAACUUAAGCAUGAGGCUUUGUGCAACUACAGACCCUAUAGUUGCCCAUAUGCUGGGUCGGAAUGCUCUGCUGUUGGGGACAUUCCUUUCCUUGUUGCCCAUCUGAGGGAUGAUCAUAAGGUGGAUAUGCACACUGGCUGCACAUUUAACCAUCGCUAUGUUAAAUCCAAUCCAAGGGAAGUGGAGAAUGCCACUUGGAUGCUUACUGUUUUUCAUUGUUUUGGUCAAUAUUUCUGCCUUCAUUUUGAAGCUUUUCAGCUUGGCAUGGCCCCAGUCUAUAUGGCUUUCCUCCGUUUCAUGGGCGAUGAGAAUGAUGCUCGAACCUACAGCUACAGCCUUGAGGUUGGUGGAUAUGGGCGAAAACUGAUAUGGGAAGGUACACCACGAAGUAUAAGAGAUAGUCAUCGAAAAGUCAGGGACAGUCACGAUGGAUUAAUUAUCCAAAGAAAUAUGGCUCUUUUCUUCUCUGGUGGGGACAGAAAGGAACUGAAGCUGAGGGUUACAGGAAGGAUAUGGAAGGAACAAAACCCAGAUGCUGGUGUCUGCACACCAAACCUUUGUAGCUAAAAGUGAAGUUUACUCGAGGCCUGACGUUCUGUGUGUUGUUUUAGGCCACUGCUUUGCUUUGUACCUAUUCUUACCUUUCCUCAUAUAUUGUAAUGGGUGAUAUUUUUCAAUUGUAUAUACUUGAGAAUUCUUGAUCUUUCAAUGAAUGAAGGUUGCCAAUGUUGUAACAUUCACCAACUUAAA